ACUCUAAGCAUUCCCUCAUGGAAUUAUUUGAACAAGCCAUGAUUGGAAAGACCUACUGGAAGCCAAGUACUGAGGCUAACCAUGACAAGCAUCCCAUUUUGAGCACCAAUUCUUCCAUGAGAGGUUGUAUUCUGGACUUAGAUGAUGAUGAACUUCAUUGUCCCCAUCAGUCCGACGAGUCCUUCUAUGAGCAAGUAAUUGAGAUUGCCCAGAAUGAUUCUGCAGAGAUCAAAUUCUCAUGGAUACGAUCACAGCUGAUAGGACACGAUAUCGAAUUCGACGGUCCAUUUGGGAAACGUAUUCUCACCUAUGCCGAUCAUACUGCCUCUGGGAGGGCACUUCAUUACAUUGAAGACUUCAUCAACGACAGUGUUCUUCCUUUCUAUGGAAACACACAUACCAGUGAUAGCUACGUGGGGCACAAGACCACAAAGAUGGUGAAGGAUGCCAGUAGAUACAUCAAGACUUGCUUAGGCGCUGGACCAGAUGAUGCACUCAUAUUCUGUGGCUCUGGCACCACUGCAGCCAUCAAGAGACUGCAAGAGGUGAUGGGUAUUGCAGUGCCUUCAAACAUGAGAGAUAAGAUACUCAAGAGCCUCAAGACUGAGGAGAGAUGGGUGGUCUUUGUGGGGCCAUAUGAGCACCACUCCAACCUUCUCUCAUGGCGUAAUAGUCUAGCAGAGGUGAUAGAGAUAGGUCUUGACGACGAUGGAUUGCUAGACAUGCGAGCCCUCAAGCACCAACUUGAGACUCACAAGGAUUCCAACCGUCCUAUGUUGGGCUCAUUCUCAGCUUGUAGUAACGUAACUGGGAUCUACUCUGACACUCGUGCCAUUGCCCAGCUUCUUCACAAGUGUGGAGCUUUCGCUUGCUUUGACUAUGCUGCAAGUGGUCCUUAUGUGGAGAUUGACAUGAGAUCAGGGGAGCUGGAGGGCUAUGAUGCCAUUUUCCUAAGCCCACAUAAGUUCCUUGGUGGGCCUGGAACCCCUGGUAUUCUUCUGAUGAACAAGGCCUUGUACAAAUUGAGCUCUUCUGCUCCUUCUACAUGUGGAGGUGGAACUGUUGAUUUUGUCAAUGGUUUCAGUGAAGAGCACACAUUAUAUUAUGAAGAUGUGGAAGAGAGGGAGGAUGCUGGAACUCCACCUAUCAUCCAGAAGAUUAGAGCAGCCAUGGCUUUCUGGGUGAAGGACUUCAUUGGUUAUGAGGUGAUUCAAAACCAGGAAGAUGUAUACAUAAAUGCAGCCCUUGAAAGGCUUCUUCCCAAUCCAAACAUAUGGGUUUUAGGGAAUACGAAAGUAAAGAGACAAGCAAUCCUUUCUUUUAUUAUUUACUCUACGGUCAAAUCUUCCUCCUAUGAUAUGGAAACAGAAAUUGGAGCUCAUAGAGAAAGAUCAGGUCUUAAUAUGUGGGCAGAGUCAGGACACAAGAGAGAUAAGCCUCUCCAUGGGCCUUUUGUGGCAAAACUCCUCAACGAUCUCUUUGGCAUCCAGGCUCGAGCUGGGUGUGCUUGUGCUGCCCCUUAUGGUCACCAUCUACUCGGCGUUGAUGAAGCUCGUUCACUGGCCUUUCGUUCUGCAAUUGAAGAGGGCUACACUGGUGUAAAACCUGGAUGGACAAGAAUUAGUUUUCCUUACUAUAUGUCAAUAGAAGAGUUUGAGUUCAUUCUAGCCGCAUUAGAAUUCAUAGCUACCUACGGCCAGCGCUUCCUUCCACUCUAUAGCUUCAACUGGAAAACUGGUACUUGGACCUUUAAAUCGGGAGCUUUCCUGGAGAAUAUACUAGGGGAGGAUUAUGCAUUUGAUUUGAAACACUUUCUGCCACAAGAAACUAAGCCAGGAACAAAUAUGAACUACUAUGAUGGAUCAAUAGAUGGUGGAGAUGAUUCCAAUAAGAAGAAGGCUAUUGGGGUGAUUAGUAAAUAUGCUUCUUACUUGGAGACUGCUAAGUAUGUGGCACAAUUCCUACCAAAGGUCCCUCCAGAACGUAGGGUUCCUAAAGAAAUAGAUUCCAGCCUUGCAUAUUUUAGAGUCUAAAGUUGAAAGGGAUUUCUCUCAUGUACGUUAAGGAUCCUUAACGUUCUCCUCAUUGU